AAGGGAUGGGUUUUUGCCGUGUAGGGAAGUCACCUUAGGGUCUGGAGAGCACAGCGAGAGAGGAUUCUGAGGGCCCUGGCAAAGAAGUGAAAAGGCCCUGAUCUGGAAGUCUGAGCUUAAACUAGUGCUCCAUUCUCCACACCCAAGUUCAUGCCAUCUGUAAUGGGACUCGCUUUUGUCUUUAGCCCCAAACCUGUACUUCUUUCCUCAUUCCUGAUGGCAGCGAAAGGCAUCUUCAUCUACUGACCCACCCACCCUCUACUGACCCACCCACACUGGGCUACUUGUUUUACCAGCGGAUUCCUCCUGCAUUCUUCCCCAUCCAUGCCGUUUCGCGUCUUGCGCUUUCUUUAGUAGCUCUUCAAAUUACCUCUGUCUUCUGAGGGUCUCUGCAGAAGUGUCCACAUUUUCGUUUCUCCAGCUCCGACAAACAUUGCAGCCAGUGCUCUCUGUUUAGCGCUCAAGUCUGAUUGUACCUUCGGUUCUCCAGCUUGGAAUCCACCACUGGUGUGCAGCACAUGUGGAGUAAAAUCUGGUAUUAUAGUAUCCUCAUAACUCCCUUUGCAGUCCACUUUUCACACACCCCACACUCUGCGGCUGCCAAAGUUUUUCCCAUUUCCUGGUGGGCCAUUUGGGUCUCCACUAUUCUAUGUCCUAUCUCUCUGCUGUCCCCAUCCCCCAUUCUCUGAAGAGAACCUACUCAACAGGUAAUUCCUGUUGAAUUCCUUUAAGCAGACUGUCACCUCCAACUUCCCAGCUCCCAAAUCAUACUGUAUUUACCACUUUUAUUAAUAUAAUUGCCUGUGACUUUUUUUUUUUGUCUCUCCCAGUAGACAGCACCAUCAGGACAGGAAGUGUCGGGCUCAUCUCCAUUUCCCUCUGUCCAGCUCAGAACAGUAAACACCUAAUGUAGAUCAAGCAAAUGAGUAAAUGCUUGGCGAGUGUGGGCUAGCGAUCGUCAGGGUGAGCUUUGUUAUCCCGGGCUUGAAGAUGGCUAAGGACUUCCAGGCCUAUGAGCUUCAGUCUUCCUGCCGUCGAUGUCGGCUAUAAGCUGAUGGGGGUUUAAGGCCAGCCUUGGCUAACACAUGGGGAUACAUGUAGCUAACACAUAGGGAUACAUGUAGCCAUUGCUAAUCCAUCACAACGUCUCUUCACGCAGAACGGGUUUCUCAGCAGACUACUCUAGGUAGUUAUCUCCAGUGACUGAAGUUGGUGUGCUAAGUGAGGUCUCUCUGCUGUUUCCAGUUUGAGUCCUUAGGUGUGACUCCCACCUGCUUUAAGCCAUAGCUUGUAACUCUCAGCCAAGUGGAACUGACAAGCUUUGGGAACUGCAGUUUCUUACUGUUUGGAGGUCCCCAACCAAUCUGGUCUUUUUUUCAGGUCCCAGGGAGAGUCUUCUCUCCCUCUCUUAUGGUUGCAGGAGCCAGUGGAGGAGAGAACUUAUGUCCACACUCAGAGUCAGUGCCCCAGGAGCCAAGUCCUUGCUCAGCUUUCCCAUAGUUAAGUAGUCCCAAUUAAAAACAAUUAAAUCUGAGAAUCUCUUACUUUGAAUUCUGGUGGCCCUGAUUUUGAUUAAGCACCUCUCACUCUUUUGGGGAGCCUGCGCUCCUCCUGAGUCCUUCUGGGUUUUGUGGUGGUUUAUUUAGCUAAGAGGAGACAUAGUGGCAGCCCCUUUGGGGUGAAGAAACUACCGUGCUUUCUUUAAUCCUCAUGGUGUCUGAAACAGUUCUGAGAGGUCUAGUUUCUCUUGGAAAAGGCAGAAGGACUGGGGACAUCCUGAGCCUACCUCCCCUCAGGGCGUCAUGGCUGGUCACAGUCCCUACCCUUUCCAUGUAUUUACUCAGCUGUUCCAUUUCGCUUCCCUGCCUGCUUAUUCUGGCCUUGUGUACAAGUUAGCCUGGGGCGAGAGCUCCGAUGGGAGGCCACAGGAGGCUGUCUGACCUGUCCAGGGUCACACAGCGUGGAAGGAGCAGAAGCAGGUCUAGAGUCCAUCUUCUCACUGUUCCCCGGAUGUCUCUUCUGUCUCCCAUAGCAUAAUUCUAGCCGGUAUGAGGCUAUGGGAUGUGAUUGAGGAGAAUGAUGGGAGAAGACUGACCUGGGCCUAGGUCCUAACUGCCGUUUGGUAGUUUUCUCUCUUCCCCCAGCCCCCCCCUCUCUCAGAAGCUCGGCUUUCCUCUCUGCAUCACAGCUUGGGCAGCCUUCGGGAAGGAGCCAUUUCUUUUGGUCACAGCGCACUGUCAAAAGCGCACUAACACAGCCAGGUUUCCUAGUGUGAGCAGGAGACAGAAGAGUCAACUUGGGUCUGGUAUAAAGCUGUCGGAAAGACACCCCACUUCCAUUCAGUGACUAGAAAGGCUCAGGAAACUAACAGCAGGCAGAGAGUGGCAGAGACAGAGGGGUCAGCGCCAUGUGCCCACUCUGGAACAGACACGGACGGAAUCGACUCUGAAACUUAAAUAGUGUCACUUCUCUCUCUCUCUGGUCUUGUGUGUCACGGAAGUUACAGUCUUGGGGAGCAGUCCUUCCCCAGGAGUCCCUGGAAGGACACAUUGCCAAUGCAGGAAGUCCCUGGAUGAGGACAGCCCCGCCAUAGUGAAGCCUGCAGGCCCAAUGAUGGCUGUGGCCUCGCCUCCACCAGAGCCUGGAGACCUCCUGAUUGUGGAACUAGAAGAGGACUCCUGGGGACCAAUCUCCAAACCCCAGAAGGAGGUCCAUGGCCGUGUCCCUGGCCCCGAGGUUUCCCGCCGGUGUUUCAGGCAGUUCCAAUACCAGGAUGCAGCUGGGCCCCAUGAGGCUUUCAGCCAGCUCUGGGCUCUCUGCUGUCGUUGGCUGAGGCCUGAGAUCCGCCUCAAAGAGCAGAUCCUGGAAUUGCUGGUUCUAGAACAGUUCCUGUCCAUCUUACCCAGGGAGGUGCAGACCUGGGUGCAGGCACGACACCCCGAGAGCGGGGAGGAGGCUGUGGCCCUGGUGGAGGAUUGGCACCGAGAGGCCUGGGCUGCCGGACAGCAGGGACUGGAGCUGUGUGCUGAAGAGUCCGGGUCCUUCGAAGCAGUUCAAGAGUUUCAGAGCUUCCAGCGGCAGCCAGUGACUCACUGCCCUGAGACACAGCCCCAGAAACAGUUGAAUAUACAUCCCGACCUUUCCAAGAUGCCACCUCAGCCUGUGAAAGAGAGUGCUAUCCUCACACUCCAAGCCCCAACUGUUCCAAAGAUGGGGAGCACUGGAGAUUGGGAGGCGGUAGCCCAGUCCCAGGAAGCCCUGAGUCCCAGUAGACAAGCCAAGGAGGAGCUCUGCCAGGACCCCGCAGGAGAAGACUGUGGGAACGGUGCGUGCCUGGGAGUUCCAGUUUCUAAGCCAGGUGUCACGUCCCAGCAUGAGCAAGGACCAGGGAUUUUGGGUCUGAGCCUUAUAAAUUCUGGGAAUGGGAACACGGCAGAUUCUAGCCUGGACAGUGAGCCAAACCAGCCAGCCCAGACACCAGCCCAGGAGGACUCCGGGGCCCAGGAAGGGCAAUGCCAAUGUGAUGGGGAGGAUGUGAAGGUGUCGGGUGUGCACUGGAGCUAUGAGGAGACCAAGACCUUCCUGGCAAUCUUAAGUGAGUCCCCAUUCUCUGAAAAGCUCCGGACCUGCCACCAGAACCGCCAGGUGUACGGGGCCAUCGCAGAGCGGCUGCGGGCACGGGGCUUCUUGCGGACGCUGGAGCAGUGUCGCUACAGGGUCAAAAACCUUCUACGGAAUUACCGGAAAGCCAAGAACAGCCACCCACCAGGAACCUGCCCCUUCUACGAGGAGCUGGAGGCUCUGGUUAGGGCUCGGACAGCCAUCAGAAGAACCACAAAUGGGCCAGGAGAGGCUGUGGCACUCCCCAGGCUGGGCGACAGUGAUGCUGAGAUGGAUGACCAAGAGGAAGCGAGCUGGGAGCCCAAGGAGGCACCAGAAGACUGCGGGGGUUCUGGCCUGGCCACCGAGGAGUCUAUUCGGGGUCCCAGGAUUACAGGCGGCCCAGCUCUGCUCCAGAACCGCAUUGCAGGUGUGCACUGGGGCUUUGAGGAGACCAAGACCUUCCUGGCAAUUCUCAGUGAGUCCCCAUUCUCUGAAAAGCUCCGGACCUGCCACCAGAACCGCCAGGUGUACCGGGCCAUCGCAGAGCGGCUGCAGGCACUGGGUUUCCUGCGGACGCUGGAGCAGUGUCGCUACAGAUUCAAAAACCUUCUUCGAAGCUACCGGAAAGCCAAGAGCAGCCAUUCCCCGGGAAUCUGUCCCUUCUAUGAGGAACUGGACUCGCUGAUGAGGGCUCGGACUGUGAUCAGGGCCAUGGAGAUGGUAGGAGAAGCCAGAGGUCUUCCAGCAUCUGGGCAGAGCGGUGCUGAGGCUGAUGACCAAGAGGUCUGGGGUGAGAUGGAAGAUGAAGAUACCAUUAAACUUCUGACUCCAGAUCCCCAAACUCCAGAUACAGGUUUGGAGUUGAAGCAUGAGGAUGAAGACCAGAUAUCAGAGCGGGAUGUUUUUGGGGAUUUGCCUGGAGCAUUAUCAAACUAUACCACAGACGCUGUUUGUCGGUCUCAUGACUGGGGGGAGGAGAAUGAGAUCGAAGAGGAAGGGGCGUGGAGGAGUGCCCUCCCGUGGGAAGAGUGCUCCUCUGAGGAGGACUUAGAAAAACUCAUUGACCAUCAAGGCCUGUACCUCACAAAGAAACCCUACAAAUGUGACACAUAUGUGAGAAGCUUCAGUAGGAACUUCCACUUCGAGGCCCACCAACAAAUCCACACAGGGGAGAAGCCCUAUACAUGUGGGAAGUGUUGGAAGAGCUUCAAGCAGAGCUCAAAUCUACUGAAACAUCAGAGGGUCCACUCGGGAGGAACUCCUGACCAGUGUAAUGAGCCUGGGGAGAACUUUGGCCAAAGUCCAUCUUUUAGUGCUUGCUGGAGAAAUUCUACGUGGGAGAUAUCUACACAACCUCAGAAUGUAACCAUGAGCACGGACUCCCCCGGACCCCGUCACUCCAGCUCAGGGGAGAAGCUGUAUCCGUGUCUUGAAUGUGGAAGGUGUUUCUCUAAGAGCUCUGCCCUCAUCAGUCACCAAAGAAUCCACACAGGUGAGAAGCCAUACGAAUGUGCCCAGUGUGGGAAGAGCUUCAGCAAGGGCUCCACCCUGGCCAACCACCAGCGGACGCACACCGGCGAGAAGCCGUAUAAGUGUGCAGACUGUGGAAAGGGCUUCAGCGAGCGCUCCAAGCUCACCACCCACCAGAGAAUCCACACGGGAGAGAAGCCCUACAGAUGCCUGGAGUGUGGCAAGUUCUUCCGGGACCGCUCCAACCUCAUCACUCACCAGAGAAUCCACACGGGAGAGAAGCCGUACAAGUGUAGAGAGUGUGGCAAGUGCUUUAACCAGAGCUCCAGUCUCAUCAUCCACCAGAGAACCCACACCGGGGAGAAGCCGUACAAGUGCAUGGAAUGCGGCAAAGACUUCAACAACAGCUCCCACUUCAGUGCCCACCGCAAAACCCACGCGGGAAGGAAAGCCUUGUAGGCAGCGCCUCCUCCCAACAGAAGAGCAAUAAUGUGUAUUUAUAUAUCAUUAUCGUUUCUAAAACAUGCUAGAAAGAAACCUUCCAACGUCUAAGCUUGGUGUAUACUUAGAGAUGGCAUCUUGUAAAUUCGGGUAAUUUGGAUGUGAAUUACACCUACAAGGAUUAAGAUUUGGAGGCACUUCUCAAGUGUAAUUUGUUCCCCCCCCCCCCAUAAAUACCCCUACAGAAUCAUUAGGUUAGGCUCUCCUUACACCUGCUGUCUCGAGAGCAGAGUGUGUGAGGCAGAUGGCUGAUGCGAGAUUAGAGUUGAAUCUGGCCCGACGUAUUGAUUCCAGGUCUCGCUCUGCUUUUUACAGCUGCUUACUGCUCUACACAGGGAGAGUGGUUCUUGUUCUUGGUGGUUUGCAGUUGGGAUCAAUCCUCACUGCGAAACUUGAAACUUCACGGUGAGAGGAGGUAUCCCCCGAGAAGCAGUCCCUAGGGUACUCCACUGCAAGGUCGGCAGCAAAUGGGGCAGCGGUGACGUCAUUGCAGAAUCAUUAACAACAGCAGAAAUAGCUGGGCAUUGCACAUUUGCUCCUGAGCAGCUCGUGUGCCAAGCCACCUACAUAUCGUCUCAUUUAGCCCUCAAAGGAGUCCUAUUUCCCAGAGGACUGGGAAAGUUGGGUGACCUGCAUUGGUCUGAAAAUGGGAGAGGCAGAAUUCAUCAAGACUCACGCGUCCCCAGAGUCUGAGAGGCUGUGUGCUUUCCUGAGCCCUCUUACGUGGAGAUAUGUAACUAGUAAUAGAAUCGCAAAGUGUAAUCACUAACGAAUACAGAGGCUGAGAGUUCCUGCAGUUGAAAGCAUUUGGGAGGUUCAGAAUUGGUGAAGUGCUUUGUGUAAAGGCUGAGUUGUUUCCAAAUGAUGGGUGGGAGUCCCCGUCUUUAGAUCAUGUGGGUGAGAGAGGGAGGUAGGCUGAGACUUGUGUCUUGAGUGGGAGAGUGUUUUGGCGAAGAAGUGGGUCUGAGAGUUCUUUUUUCAGGUCAGUCUUGCUUCUCAUUACCCGUGGCCCAUCACAGGUUAAUAAGCCUUACCGAGCCGGCCUUCCCUCCAGUGCUCAGUCACUCCUGCCCUUUGGUCUCUGGCUCAUUUUCUUCAUUUCAAACCCUGAUGCCAAGAUUGAGGUGGAAGGCACUGACGCGUUGUCCUCUACAGAGAGGGCUUGGAAGUGGUUCCGUAUUCUAGGUUCAUGGCACCAUUUCCGCUUGAGCCCUCUUGUCCCAAGCUGCCAAGCGUGGUCACUCAGACCAACCUCUCACCCAGACAGGACAAGUCAGAGAGGCUCAUGCACAAUGGUUUUCUUGUUUGUAGCACUUUGGUCUCCAGAAUUUUUCCUUAGAAGGGUUUGAAAGUGUUGACCAAGGACUUUGUCUUUCGUGGAUUUUUAAAGGAAGAUGACUUUCAUAUCCCAUUCAUAUCCUAGUUAUUUUAUGGCCGUGGGAAGUGUUGAUUGGAUAAUAGCUGUGAAGGAUUUUGAAGAAUGGAGCUUUUUAUUUGCAUGUGAAAAAGUGGAUGGAAGGUCUUGCCAUUCCCACUAAGGAGGUCACUCCCUAGCCUUUUUCUUUGUUCCAGAACCCCCGUCCUAGGAACCAGUCCACCUGAGGUUUUCAGCUUACCUUUCCUGGCUUAUCUCUGAGGAGCAGAGGUCAUGGGGUGAGCCCUGGCUAAAAACCAGCAAAUGUCAAUAACUGCAAUAAAAAGAUAUAUAGAUAGUUUGGGUUUGAUAGGAAGAGUCCCGAAGGAGAGAAUAUCCUAGAGAAAGUUACCAGGGUAUGCAAUAGCAUGGGCUCUGGGUGGAGGUAGAGGCCCGGAAAGUUUGUAGCAUAGGGUGAGAGAUUGGGGAUGGUGGGGUGGUGGCAUCCAGGAGUGUACAAGUGCUGGUGCAAGGCCAUGCUAGGUGUAGCCACCCCUCAGGCGUUUUCCUUUCACAAGUUGGAAGCUUAGCUGGGUGGGCCCUUCAUGGUGCUAAUUUCUUUAUCAAUUCCAGCCCCUCUUUAGGGGCUUAGCUAUAACAUUAGCUAUAACAUUAAAUUGCCUUAGCUAUAACAUUAAAUUGCCUAGUGCUUUUUUCUCUCCAAA